UGCUGAAUAGUUGAAAAGAUAGAACACAUAAAAUUGACCAAUUGUAACAAAUUUGGAUGUGAGAGCUGAAAAGUUUACACUUGUGUGAACCCCAUUUCAACCCAAGAAAGCACUUUUAUGAUUCUUGUUAAGUCAAUUAUAUCCAAUGAUUUUGCACGAUAUAAAGACCCAAAUUGAUAAAAGUUUUACUUAAUUGUGGUUGUCUUGAGGAUAUUAUAUUGUCGUGAAGGUGUUUGUUGAAUUGUCUAUAAGGAAUCAACAAAACAGGGAAAUGGCAAAGAUAUUAUCAGGUUUGGUAUUCGCAUUGGUGUUGAGUGUGGCAUUGCAUUCGGUUUUCUGUGAUGAUAAUCCUUGGAUGAGUUUGAUUGAGCAAGCAAAAGGUGAAGCAAGCAAAGCAGGUUUAUCUGAUGACACAAUAUUUGGGGCUGAGAAGGCUGUAGCAGAUGGUUCUGCUCAAAAGGCUGCUGAGGAGGCCAUGAAUUCAAGAUCUUUCAAUGAUUGGGUUCAACGAGCUGGUGCUAUGGUGAACGAGGGUUCACCUGAAGAUGAAGAUGAAGACAAUUUAGGAGAACUAGAAUUUGCACCAAAAAGAUUCACAUCAGAGGCACCAACAGAGGCACCAGCAGAGGCACCAACAGAGCAAACAUUAAUAGAGGAACUGGAUAUGGAAGUAUCAGAGGAACCAUCAGAGGCACCCCAAGCACAAUCACCCUCUGCAGAAUGAGAUAUAAUACAGAAUUGGUUUCACCAAAUACUUGUAGGUUAAGUCAAUAUUAGUUUUAAGUAAAUACUCUGUAUUAUAUAAUUAUUUCAACCUUUUUGAAAUGCUUUUGCAAAAUAAUGCCAGUUAAUUAUUGCCUUAAUUGUAAUAUGUCAAUUGAUUAUUGGCUUAAUUUACAUAAACUUUGUCAUCAAAGAAUGAAGAAGAAUCAUUCCCAAAUGUACAGAAAGAUCACAAUCUGGUGCCUGUUAAGAUAAAACAGUAUUGCAUUUAAGAUUUGUGAUGAGGAUGC